CUGUUCGGUUCCCAACUUUCACCAAGAGCUUUUCAAAAAGAACCGUUCGUUCACGAGCGACCCAUCACUACCGCUGCCGACACUGUUGAUUAAUACUUAGCGAAACCGCUAACAGUAGUUGCGUUGAGAGCUACGCCGAGCGGUAUUAGUUUUAGAUUUUUCUCUGAAAAUGGCGGUUCCUGCGGGUACUAAUCCCCAGACCAACACAGCAAACCCAUCGGAAAACGAUAUUCACAUUGACGAGAAAGAAUUGGAAAACCUCACAAAGCAUCACGAAGACGGUUCAACGUUCCCCUUGCACUCUCCAUGGACAUUUUGGCUUGACAGAUCAUUGCCAGGAACAACAGCAGCAGAGUGUGAAUCCAAUCUGAAAAAGAUCUACACAGUACAAAACGUUCAGAGUUUCUGGAGUGUAUACAACAAUAUCCCUCCUGUGAUUGCCCUGCCUCUGAGAUGUAGCUAUCACUUAAUGCGUGGGGAGAGGCGGCCUCUGUGGGAAGAAGAAAGUAACUCAAAAGGAGGGGUCUGGAAGAUGAAAAUACCUAAAGAAAGCACGUUGGCGGUAUGGAAGGAGCUGUUACUUGCUACAAUUGGAGAGCAGUUUGCGGAUUAUUGUGCUUCAGAGGAUGAAGUUGUUGGUGUCAGCGUUAGUAUUCGAGACCGAGAUGAUGUUGUUCAAGUCUGGAAUGGAAACGCAUCGCUUGCUAGUGAAGCAAACAUCUUAGGGAAAGUCUAUGAACUACUCCCCCACAUUACAUUCAAAGCAGUGUUUUAUAAAUCCCACAGGGAACAUCAUGCCUUUGAAGGUGGACGUUCACGACAUUAGCAUCUGCAGUUCUUUUUUUGGACUUAAUCUGCUCUCCUGCACUCAAUCAAACAUAUAAUUUUAAAAACCGUACAACGAAAACCGAGGAACACUUCUUAGAAUGUUAUUGAUAUAUAUAUUUUUAUAGAUUCAAGUGGCUGAGAUUUCAGUCUGAUGCCUUUUAUCUAAUUUUUAAUUUUUUGCUUGAUGUUUGUUGUUUUAGAAUUCUUUGAUCAUGAUGGUAAUUUGCUCUAUCACUGCCCUGCUUUUCCCAGCUUUGCAUGCUUUGGACCUGGCAGAAGAUUGAAUUCCCUACUGUAAAUACCUUUGGCAUACCAUAUUGAGAUGGUUAAAAUCCAUAGCUGGUAAAUUGUGUAUUCUAGCAUGGGCAUUGCCACUGAAAACAUACACCAUUUUAAUGUAGUCAUCAGGAGUGAUAAUCCCAGUGAGGUCCCAUUCAGCCUAUUUAUUAGACCUGAUGUUAUUACUUUAACAUGUAGCAGUCCUGCCCAUAUGGGAACAAGAGAUAUAAUGACAGGGUUUUACUAAACUAGCCUGGAGUACACCAGGCUUAAAUGGGGAGGGAGGCGCGCUCUUCUAACAUUAACUGGUAAUCAGUGCCAAUAUGUUGCGUUGUCAUGGUGAAUUUCCUGCAACAUUUUUCUACAUUUUUUUUUGGAAUAACAAUACAUGUGAAAACCUAGGAUUUUUAAGUUAUCAUGUGCUUAAUUUGUUUUGAGCUUGUCUUCAAAAUUGAAUGCAAUCGACACUAACCCACCUGACUGCUUGGGACAAUAACAGGACUCCCUCAUUGGCACUGAUACACAGAUGAGACGUCUUUCCAUGUCUCUAGCACACCCCAGUACACAUUGUUUUUUUUGUUUUGUUUUUCAGAUAGUGCCACAUCUAAAAUGCUAGGAUUUUUUUUCAUAGCUUUUAGCAUUUUUUUGACACAACACUUUUAAUGUUAAAAUGUAUUAAUUCUAAGUCCCUGGACAUUAUGAAUUAUGGUUGUGCUUUUGGUUGUCAAGCUGUUCAUUUGCAAUCGGCAUGAGCAUGUCUGUAUAUAUUUUUUUCUCUACUUCCAGUACUGUUUAAAUACUGUUCAGCACAUUUAAGUUUUGAAAGUGUUGCAAAAGGAUUUCUUGGAAAUCCUUUAGGGUGAAUACAAUUAUUAAUAAGUUCAUAUUUACCAUAUUGCAAUGCAAUUUGUCUCAGUUUUUCCCAUUCUACCAUCACAUAACUUUCAUCAGAACACACACAUGCACACAUGUACAGUGCUUUUGGUAACUAUUCUCUUUCUCCACAUAUGAAAACAUAAUUUAUAUUUGAUUUAAUGUAUUUUUAGUGUCAUCAAGCUACUCAGUACCCCAUAAUGACCAAGCAAUACCAAAUUAUCGAAAAAAAACUUUUGCCAUGACAUUAAAUUGAGCUCCGAUAUA